ACCAGCUGACCCGGGUCUGGCUCGGGAUCAGUUGGUGACGCUGAUGCUGGGGUCUGAGACUUCCUGCAGAUUGACGAAAGCGAGGUUCUCAGGAAAGCAAUCGGAUCCAUAGGAAGGGUAGAAGUCACACUUUUUUCCCCUGCCUGGUGGCUUCCAGCAGGAUCUGGAUCCAGUGGUGCUGUUUUCUGUGAGUGAAUGCGGAGAAGCUCGGGCUUGAGCCUGCUGCUGGCUUCAGGAAGGGUCCAGUUUGGAAAAAGGGUUUCUACAAGAAGAUGCUUUGGCUGCCUGCGGUCCUGCUUGCUUUCCUAGAAGCCAGGCUCAGGGAGAAAGUGAACUGGGGCAAUUGACAAGCUCAGAGAGUCUUGGAGAAUCUACAGAGACUGGGCUUUCAUCUUCCUUGAAGGAAGAUCUGUCUGCACUGCAAGUGCCCUCAGGAGGAGCACAUGGUGACAGUGAUGCCCCUGGAGAUGGAGAAGACCGUCAGCAAACUCAUGUUUGACUUCCAGAGGAACUCGACCUCGGAUGAUGACUCAGGCUGCGCCUUGGAAGAGUAUGCCUGGGUCCCACCUGGGUUGAAGCCUGAACAGGUUCACCAGUACUAUAGCUGUCUCCCAGAGGAGAAAGUCCCUUAUGUCAACAGUCCUGGAGAGAAACUGCGAAUCAAGCAACUAUUACACCAGCUGCCACCACAUGACAAUGAGGUCCGAUAUUGCAACUCCCUGGAUGAGGAAGAGAAACGGGAGCUGAAGCUCUUCAGCAACCAGAGGAAACGCGAAAACUUGGGCCGAGGGAAUGUCAGGCCCUUCCCAGUCACCAUGACAGGAGCUAUUUGUGAACAGUGUGGUGGCCAGAUUAAUGGCGGGGACAUCGCUGUGUUUGCAUCACGCGCCGGCCACGGUGUUUGCUGGCACCCACCCUGCUUCAUAUGUACUGUCUGCAAUGAGCUCCUGGUGGAUUUGAUCUACUUCUACCAGGAUGGGAAGAUAUACUGUGGCAGGCACCAUGCCGAGUGCCUGAAGCCACGCUGUGCAGCCUGUGACGAGAUCAUCUUUGCUGACGAAUGCACCGAAGCCGAGGGGCGGCACUGGCACAUGAAACACUUCUGCUGCUUUGAGUGUGAGACAGUGCUGGGUGGCCAGCGCUACAUCAUGAAAGAGGGAAGGCCCUACUGUUGCCACUGCUUCGAGUCCCUGUAUGCAGAAUAUUGCGACACCUGUGCCCAACACAUAGGGAUCGACCAAGGCCAAAUGACCUAUGAUGGCCAGCACUGGCAUGCCACUGAGACCUGCUUCUGCUGUGCUCACUGCAAGAAAUCCCUCCUUGGGCGGCCAUUCCUCCCAAAACAGGGACAGAUAUUCUGCUCACGGGCCUGCAGUGCUGGGGAGGACCCCAAUGGCUCAGACUCAUCUGAUUCCGCCUUCCAGAAUGCCAGGGCCAAGGAAUCUCGGCGCAGUGCCAAAAUUGGCAAGAACAAGGGCAAGACGGAGGAGCCAGUGCUGAACCAGCACAGCCAGCUACAAGUGAGUUCCAACCGGUUGUCUGCCGACGUGGACCCCCUGUCACUGCAGAUGGACCUGCUCAGCCUGGCCAGCCAGACACCCAGCCUCAACCGGGACUCCAUCUGGAGGAGCCGGGAUGAGCCCUACCAUUACGGGAACAAGAUGGAGCAGAACCAACCCCAGAGUCCCCUGCAGCUACUCAGCCAGUGCAACAUCAGAACUUCCUACAGUCCAGGAGGGCAGGGGGCUGGGGCCCAGCCAGACAUGUGGGCCAAGCACUUCAGCAAUCCCAAAAGGAGCUCAUCCCUGGCCCUGAAGGGGCACAGUGGCAGCUUCAUCAAGGAAUGCCGAGAAGACUACUACCCGGGCAGGCUGAGAUCCCAGGAGAGCUACAGCGAUAUGUCUAGUCAGAGCUUUAGUGAGACUCGAGGCAGCAUCCAAGUCCCCAAAUAUGAGGAGGAGGAGGAAGAUGAGGAAGGGGGAAUGUCCACUCAGCAGUGUCGGACACGUCAUCCACUCAGUUCCCUGAAAUACACUGAGGACAUGACACCCACAGAGCAGACCCCUCGGGGCUCCAUGGAAUCGCUGGCCCUGUCUAAUGCAACAGGCCUCUCCGCGGAUGGUGGCGCCAAGCGCCAGGAGCACCUCUCCCGGUUUUCCAUGCCUGACCUCAGCAAAGACUCUGGCAUGAACGUCUCUGAGAAGCUUAGCAACAUGGGCACACUUAACUCGUCCAUGCAGUUCCGGAGUGCGGAGUCCGUUCGCAGCCUGCUCUCAGCCCAGCAGUACCAGGAGAUGGAGGGAAACCUCCAUCAACUCGGCAACCCCAUUGGCUACAGGGACCUGCAGUCCCGCAGCAGGAUGCAUCAGAGCUUUGAUUUUGAUGGAGGAGUGACAGGCAGCAAGCUGCCGGGGCAGGAGAGCGUGAGGAUCCAGCCCAUGAGCGAACGUACACGGAGAAGAAGCACCUCCCGUGAAGAUAGCCGCCGCUUCCGACCGCACAGAUCCAGGAGGUCCCGACGCUCCCGUUCAGAUAACGCCCUGCACCUGGCCAGCGAGCGUGAUGCCAUCUCUCGCUUGAAAGAAAGGCCCCCGCUCCGAGCCAGAGAGGACUAUGACCAAUUCAUGCGCCAGCGGAGCUUCCAGGAGAGCCUGGGCCAGGGGUCCCGGAGGGACCUGUACAGCCAGUGCCCAAGGACUGUGUCAGACCUGGCUUUGCAGAAUGCUUUUGGGGAGCGAUGGGGACCCUACUUCACCGAGUACGAUUGGUGUUCUACCUGCUCCUCCUCCUCAGAGUCCGACAAUGAGGGCUACUUCCUAGGAGAACCAAUUCCCCAGCCAGCCCGCCUGCGAUAUGUCACAAGCGAUGAGCUUCUGCACAAAUACAGCUCUUACGGCCUCCCCAAGUCAUCCACCUUAGGUGGCAGGGGACAGUUGCACAGCAGGAAAAGACAAAAGAGCAAAAACUGUAUUAUUUCUUAAUCUGAUUGGUGUCAGGGAAUAGGGGAAGAUGGGAGCUAAGAAUGUAAAUUCGGAAACUUGCACUGUUUUAAAUUUUAAAGCGCUUUUCGAGGUGGUUACUAGGGGAGAAAAAGGGACAUGCUCUCGCUUGAUGAAGGAAAGAUUACAGAUUGGCUCGUCUGGUAGUCACAGUUCUUGGCAUGUUGAAUAUUAUUUGCACAUUUCACUUUGGAGACGCUAUAGACUCUGUGGAGGCCAGGGGUGGUCACCUCCCUCCCAUCAGUGUGUUGAGUUGCCACUCGCAAGAUGAUAAAUUGCUUCCUGCUCGCUUGUAUCCUCUCUGAUUCUCUUACUUUUAGGACCCUUUUCCCAGUAAGUGAUUUGUUUAUUAGCCAAAACCCAAGUCUAAGUUAUUUACAUGUCCAUUGUAAAUGCAAUGUAAAUGAGAGUUCUGAUAAAAUAUUUUUGUAUUUUGUAAUAUCAAAGGAAUUUCUAUAUCGUAGGACUCAGUUGAAGACCUGCAUGCACAUCCAGCAUUGUCUUUGAGUAGUAUUCAGAGGUGGUCCAGGACCACCUUUUGUUUUUUCUUUUUUCUAUACAAAUUUGUUACAUGUCAGUGACACUUUUUUCAAAUGAAUUUAUUCUAUUUGGCUUUUUGUGGCUAAAAAAAUUAUUAUACUCAAAACAUGUUAUGCUCUAUUCCACUUAAGGAACCAUCCUUAAGUCCACUUCCACCCUCAGUAGAAUGUAUUCUCUACCAAGUGAUAGUCAUUUUUUUUAAAUAGCAAAUAUAACUUUGCCAAUUAGAGAAACCAAUCAGUGUCAGUAAAUUCUGUGAGAAACACCAUCCCUGCUGGGAACACUGAAGUUGCUCACUAUUGAUCUCUCCCUUGGGAAAAUAUCAGUGACUGUGAGUGGUGUUGUGUGAUGUCAGCAUGACAUUGUUUGAGUGUGGCAUUAUUUUCUGGUGCUCAUGUUUCCUGGAUUGUAUUAUCUGCUUUCCUUUACCAAGGCAGACAGAACAGCUGCCUUAGCCUGACAACCGGUUGUCCUCAGUGCAAAUGAACUUAAGCAUUAGGAUCUUGGGAACAGGGAGGUUCUGAUGGGGCUCUGGGAGUGAUGGUAUGUUCUAGAUUAUAUGUUAUACAUGGAGAAGGAAUAAGGUGAUUUGAAAUCAGAAAGCAGGUCAGGGGCAGAAAUGAAGGAUCAUAUGAAGGUCAGGGCAAAGAAGAACUUCUAGAAAUGAAAUAGAGGAGAGGUGACAGCCAUCUUGAAUAGCCCCUAGUGUUUACGGAAGGAAUCCAAUUUAACACACUCCCUGGCCAGAGCAUCUGGGUAACCCAGAAAGGUUGAGCUGCUCAGGAGAUUUCAGUGUAGUGAUCUUGAAAAACAAGUGUUGAAAGGAAGAUUUCCAUUUUGAACUUUGGGGACCUUGGGUCAGACAGAAGAUGGGCUCAAAAGUGAGUUUGCUUAAAGAAGACAUUUAACGGUUGUGUUGUUUAUAGUAAAAUAAUACUUCCUACCUUGCUUCAGUUAAAAAUGAAGCGCUUGCUUUUUCCUCCAUUCUUCUCCUCCCCUUUAUGGAUUGUGGCCAUUGAAAUAAUCCAUCACAGGACCCACUUUUAGUAAGAUGUGUUGUCCAUGUGCUACACGAUGUAUCUCAGUGGCCAUCUGCCAUGGUGAGGUGAGCGUGAUCUCUUUUCAGUAUAAUAGUUAAUAUUUUCUAGUAUUUUUUAUGGAGAGAAUGUGAAAAGUGGCUUUUCAGAUACCAUGCCAAAUGGGUCUGGGGAAAGGAAGGCUGUACAGGAUGUGGAAAUGGCACUCCAUUCAGGAUGUAUUAAAAUAAUUUGCUUUUCAGGUAUUAAUAUGACAUUUGUCAUUGUCACUGAUUUUUUAAAAAUGCAAUGCAAAUGUUGGUUGUGGCUGUUUUCCGCAUGCUAUCUUCAUAUCUAAAUGCUUCAUUAAUUAUCCAAGCCUCUGGAGAAUUAACUCUAUUACGUUUAUAUAGGAAGUUUGUAAACUGCUUGGCAAACUGAUUUUAAGAAAUAAUGUGCAACACCACACGACUAAAGUGGUGGGUUUCUGGUAGAAAUUGGGCAAGUCCAAUUUGGAUUUCUGAGUUUCUUGAUUGAUGAAAACAAAAGGCAUUUUGGAAAAAGGAAAAAGAGAAAAAGUGAUGACCUGACCUGGCAAAAAGCUGAAAACAAUGUCUAUCCUCUGUGGCCUGGAAUCCAAUGAAAGAAAUUCUCCUAGUAAAUGUUGCUUCCUAACUCUGCCCUUUUCAGAGUACCUCUUGCAUUUCCCAGAUGGGGCUUUAACCCUAUCAGCAGAAACUGACACAUAAAUAGUGUCCAAAGGGAUUGGAGGAAUGAGCAAUUUGAGAUCUAUGUGCCCCAUGAGCACCCAGCAGCCGAACUGGUCAGAGCUUGAGAUGUAAUCAAUAAAAGCCUCAGGGUCAACUGUCUACAGACAAGAUCACCUCCAUGUAGUCCAGCACUGCAGGGGCCUUCCCACCCCACACUCAAUCAGGCACCUUACAGAGAAUGCUGACAUAGAGUGACUAAAUUCUCGAAAUGAUGAUGAAACCUCCAGGUGAAUGCCCCAGGGAGAGCAGGGUGGCAUUGUACUGGGAAUUCCACCUGUUAGUGAUAACUUACAUAUAACAUCCCAGAAUACAAUUUCCAAAAAUUCAAAGCAUUUUCUGAGGCAUGAACUUAGGGUCCUUACCUGAUUCCUCCAUCAUAAUCAUCAGCUCUCCUUGGUCAACUUUCACUGUGAGUCAGGGAUGUGCUCACCUCUUCUUACAUCAUCGUUCUGUCUUCUGUAGACUGGUUUUAUCAAAGUAAUCUUUUCCCAGUUUUCUCUGCUCUAAUGUCAUAUGGUUUUGUUUGUUUUUCUACCUUUUCUCAUGUUGGUCCUCUUCUUGUCUUGGUUAACACCAUAUUUUCUGAGUUCAGUUCAUGUCCUAUUUGCUGCUCAAUUCAGUGGCAUCAGAACUGGCUCUUUCCCAAGAAGUAGAAGUUAUUGACAGUGCCCUGAAUGGUGCUGCCAAUAUAUACCAUUGUUGAUACUGUGAACAGGUUUCAUAGUAGGCUGCUGGCAUUGAGAGUGGCAUUCAGGUACCCUUCCUUCUGUUGUGUAGUUCUGGGAUCUCUACCAAUUGAAGGUGGAUGAGCUGAGGGAAACCAGAACUGUGCUUCUUGGUCUUGCACAUGUUCAAAAGGGGAGAAUCUCUAGCAUUGAUUGUUUGACAGCUUCUUUCCAUAUUCAUGUUUUUUCUGGUCCUUCCUUUCCACCCCCAGCCAGCCCAGUGACCAAGCAAUUUUGUAUUAUUAAUAUGGGACCUAGAGGCAGCUCUUCCUCAUCCACUUCUCAUUCUGUAGGAUACUCCUGCACUGCAACAAGUUCUUCUCCUGCAGCAGCUUUCUGCUUCCUGGGCAUCACUAGCAGUGGUUGAGUUCAGGUGGGGCCAGUGAUGGCAUAUACAUAGCAUGUACUCUGCAACCUGGGCAGAUAUAACCAAUGUGUCACAGUCUAUUUUCAGAGAACAUAGAUACAGCCUCAAAAAUCUUGUGACAUUCUAGCCAGCCAGAACUGGUUAUCAGUACUGAUCUUAUUUGUCUGAUAACAAACCUUUCUUGUGAACUGUUUCUUACUUGUCUUUAAACCUGGGCUCUUUUACCAUUGGCCAAAAAUAGUACACCAGCCACUUAAGAAGCAUCAUUUAUAAAUAAUUGUGAGACUCCAAUUCCUAUGUCCCCAGAUUAUGAGUGCUAAUGGGAGCUGACUUUUUAGCUGACUCUGAUUCUUUAGGCUAAAGGAAGACAAAUCUCUUUGGCCUCCUUUCCCCUCCUCAUGUUACUGGCCAGUUAUUAUAGGCAGCCUCUGUUUGUCUUCUUGCAGAGGUCAGAUAGGAGUCCAUCUUAUUCUUCAUCUAAUCCCACCUUCUAACAAGAAAUAACACAAAUACUUAAAUUCUAAGGAGAAGUGCUCUUUGUGUAUUUCUGUCUAACAGAAACCAUAUGCUAACACAUAAGAAGGAGAAUCUAUGAAAAGGGAAGUGGAAGAUGGAACCAGCUAUCUGAAUAUUCAUGCCAGAAGAGUUGCUGUUAGCAACUGUUUGGCAGCUUUGGGGCUUUGAAAUGGCCUCUGGACUGCAUUCCAGGUGCAGGACUCAGCCAAGCCUCCUCUGUGAUUUGGAAGACAGUUUCAUGCUGCCUUUUGAGGUAUAGAUAUUUAAGCACUAGGGAAGUAGACAUGAUGAGAAUUUUGCCUUGCCUCCUGUGGUUUGUCCCUCUGGGACGUAGCAGAUACCAAUGCUUGUUUGACCACUUGGAAGCAGUCACCAAGUUUAGGAUCAUGAAAGGAUUUGAUUCUUUUUCCAUUUUCUCAUAAUAGUAGCCCAGUCAACGCAAGACUCAUAAAACAUGACUCACUGUUGGGAGCUAUACUAUUUUAUAGGCUUACUUCCUGCUGACAAAACUAGCUUUCUCAAGGGGAAUAAAAAGGAGGGAGGAAAAGUCACAGUGUUAGGAAAACAUUUCUAUUAUUUUGAUAUGAUGAAUCCAUAGGAUAGAAAAAAAAUGUCUAUCCUGAGAGUUUUCUGAGACAUCCCUUCACUCUACUGGGCAUUUGGCCUUUGAUGUUCAGUAGGUCACUGACCAAGCUUUUGUAAAUUUCAUGAAGAGAGUUACUCACCAGUAAGUUCUCUCCUCAAGUCUUCCUGGUGAUUUCCUAUUUCCCCAUAAAACAUUUUGGUUCUAUUUAUGGACCCUGACUUAACACUCUGUGGCCUAUGAGUCCUCCAUUUUCCUUAGCAAAUAAGGACUUUAGCAGUUUCCCCCGUACUAAAUAUUCUUUCCUGUACAGGAUUGCUUUGCCAUCUCCUGCUUUAAUUCCAAGUGCAUAAACAAAACCUCAGAGGGCCUGAGAAGGUGAGGCAGGCCAAAGUCUGUUGUGUGUCGAAUGUCGAACUAUUUGUUAAGAAGGUCUGCAACAGGCCUUUGGGGUAGGCUCUGCCAGAGACUGUGAACACUUUGCUUGAGAUCCGUGCCCUGUAAAAUGGAUUUGAUGUUUUACUGAUGUCUGUAAUACAUUUGUAAACU